GUAUCGGUGGCUUACAGUUAGAUAAUGUUUUACACAGUGAUAACCAUAGGUUGUUUAGCACAGCGACAGCAGCUCCGGGUGGUAGUGACGGCACCGGUAGUCUGUACGACAUGUUUGGCCGAAAACACAACUAUUUACGUAUAUCGUUGACAGAGAGGUGUAAUCUCCGGUGUUUGUAUUGCAUGCCAGAGGAGGGCAUAGAGUUGACGGCCAAUCGGCAACUGUUGACCACCGAUGAGAUCAAACGGAUUAGCGAUUUGUUUGUCAAAACACUUGGCGUUAAUAAAAUACGGCUAACGGGAGGCGAACCUUUGAUUCGUAAGGAUAUCGUCGAUAUUGUCACACAUUUGUCUUCAUUAAGACCUUACGGUCUAAAGACAAUCGGUUUGACCACAAAUGGGCUGAUUUUGGAGCGGAUGUGCCGUGACUUGAAAAGUUCAGGUCUGACAGCAAUCAAUAUAAGUCUGGACACUCUGGACGCCACCAAAUACGAGAUAAUCACCCGCCGGAAGGGCUGGCAUCGGGUGAUGCGGGCGAUCGACACGUGUCUGUCCGCUGGGUUUGACUCAAUUAAACUCAAUUGUGUGGUCAUUAAGGGCUUCAACGACACAGAACUGCCGGCAUUCGUCGACCUGACCCGCGACCGACCCCUCGACGUGCGGUUCAUUGAAUACAUGCCUUUCGACGGCAACCGUUGGGCGUCCGAAAAGAUGGUCACUUAUCGGGAAAUGUUGGCCGCAGUGAGCGAUAAGCACCCGACUGUCCGGCGUCUGGAGCCCAGCCUUAACGAGACGGCGAAGGCGUAUAAAGUGGACGGAUUUCGCGGCCAAAUUGGUUUCAUAACGUCUAUGAGCGACAACUUUUGCGGCGCUUGUAAUCGGGUUAGGAUUACCGCCGAUGGAAACCUUAAGGUGUGUCUCUUUGGCAAUGAAGAGGUGUCGCUCAGGGAUGCCAUGCGUUUGGACGCCGCCGACGACACACAACUGGAGACUGUGGUCAGGGAUGCGCUCAAUCGUAAACACAAACAACACGCCGGCGCUCAAAACAUAGCCAACACUCCCAACAGACCAAUGAUACGGAUCGGUGGGUGAAUUGGCCGCACAUUUUCAAUACU